AUGGCCGACGAUGAAGAUCCGUACGCCGUGAGCAGUGAUUCCGACGAAGAGGACUCUCGUAAGCCACCACCAAAAAUUCAAAUCGAAGGUCGAGAGAACACCGACAUCAAUCAACUGAAAUCCGCUUUGGCAGAAACAAAAGGUCCUGUGAAGGAUGAUGCACGCGCGGAAGAGCUUGAACAGCUAAAACAGGCGACGGAGCUCAAAAAAAUGAAGCAGGAUUUCGAAGAGGGUAAAGUGGCCAGUACUGCAGACGAAGAAUUGCAACAAGCAAAGGCAGCAAUCGCAGAAGAACGACAGAAACUCACCGAAAUUGGCAAGGAAAAAUACUCCAAGUUCAAAAACCGCUUCGAGAAUCUUGAUUCCACGCUCGAAGAAAACUUGGAGGAGAAGCUGAAGCGUAUGGAGAGGGAAAUGAUUGGUGUCGGCAAGGAGACGUUGGCCAGCGCCAAAGAAAGAUUCGAGAAAGGCGUAGAGGAUUCGGCUGUGGUGCGUGAAAAAGUCGAAAUUGAACGCAGUGCAGAUAUGCAGAAGAUGAAGUCGGCAUUUAAUCGAGAUAUGACCGCUGACGAAGCGCCGAAAGAGUGUGCGGUUUGCGGUAAAACCGUCUAUCCAGUGGAGCGGAUAUUUGCCAACAAGCAGUUAUAUCACAACCAAUGUUUCAAAUGCUCAAAAUGUGAGAAGAAGCUGACGCCAACUAAUUAUAAUUCCCACCAGGGAGUAUUGCUGUGCAAGGUACAUAUGUUGGAAAUAUUCCAUCCAGAGAUUGCAAAAACCAUGGAUCCUGCAAACACGGAAGAGGACGAACAUGGCGGCGAUUUCGAUGAAGACGACGAGUUCGCUGUUACUAACAAACCCAAACAACUUCAGGGUGUUGUAAAAUCUGGCACGAGUGCCGUACAGGACGAGCUGGCGCAGAUCACGAGCCUGAAGUCGAAGAAGAGUGACUUUGAAUCAGCUGCUAAGGAGGCCGCCAAUGUUGAGCACCUGACGAAGAUCGAAGAUGAGGUACUACAAGCUGGUAAAGUCAAGGCCAACAAGGAGAGGUUCCUGGCUGGAGGACAAGAGGAAGGAAGCGAAGAAGAAGAGGGCGAACGAGAUCCUAAUAUUGUUCGUGAGGACAAGAAGAGAAGGAAGGAGGAGUUGCACUUUGCUCAGGUUGGAGACCUGAAGAAUAAAUGGAAGACUGGUGACGUAGAAACUGCCGAACAGAAGGAAGCAGAAGAAAGAAAGGAUCUCGAAGUUCUUAAGAGCGGACCUUCAGUUAAAGAACGUUUCCACGAACGGAACGAAGCCGAUGCCGUGAUUGAACGUCAAUGGGAUCGUAGCGAAUUGGACACAGCUGGAGUUGCCGAAGCACGAAAAUCAUUCAUGCAGGGUUCUGCUUAUGAGACGGCCGCAGUCGAAAAGAGCGCUAAGGACUUGGAGGAGCUUCAAUUCAAGCAACUGCAAGGAUUUAAAGAGCGAUUCGAAAAAGGAGAAGGAGAUGUGGACGUACAAAAAACAACCGUCGACCUUGGCGAUGUUCACCUUGAGGGCAUCAAAGCAGCCUUUGAACAGGGCGAAGAAGAAAUGUCACCAGAAGAACGUGCAGCGCUCAAAAAGAAAGAAAUUGAAGCGGAAUUUCUCAGAUACAAAUUGGCAAGACGAGCUGCAGCUGAGAGGGCUAAGCAAGAGGCUGAGCAGGGAGAAGUUUCUGGUGUGGCUCCUGGAGAAGGUGCCGCUGAUGUCGGUUCCAUCAAAGAUCGUUUCGACAAAGGUGAAGCCUUUAAAAGUCAGGGAGCAGAUGGCAAAGGUGUUGACGUUGAAAUCAAGAUGGCCGGUAAAGCACGUGAGAAGUUCAUGCAAAUUGAUGCCUCUGGUGCCACGCCAGUUUUACCGAAUCAGUCCAAGAAGCAUGAACCAAGCAAGUGGGACAAGAAGGAAGACCGACCAGCUGCGGAGAUUAUAAACAGGAGAGUCACCGAAGACUAUGACGAGCCUGAGGAUGAAGAUGCAUUCGAUGUGAAGAAUCUCAUGAACAAGUUCAAGCAUAUCGGCGAGACAUCUGCUGCCACAAGUGCGAUCAGCGCAGAACAACGCGCUGAAUUGGAAGCAAUCAAAACUGAGGCAAAGAACCUUAAGCAAAGGUUCGAACAAGGAGUUGAAGAUGACUCCGAUUUGGCUGAGGAGAAACGGCGGCAAAUGCAAGAAGAAUUUGAAAGACUUAGAAAAGAACGGGAAGAAGCUCAAAGAAGGCUUGAAGAGGAGCGGGCCAUGGAGCAGCAGAAAGAAAUUGAGAAGGAGGACGUUAAUAUCAAAGCUGACCACGCCUCAAAGAUGGCAGCGAAAUGGGAAAAGAUUCAGGCAAAGGAGGCGAAAAAAGCCGAGAAGAGCCGAAUGCCGGAGAAGAGAACGGCGGGGCGUUUCGUGAUGCGCCCACAACCAAAGUGUGCACUCUGUGACAGCACCGUGUACCGAGCCGAGCAAUUCGGAUGUUUUGGCGUACUGUAUCAUGUGAACUGUUUCCGAUGUACUGUUUGUCGACAGGCGCUUCGGGUCGAACGAGCUCAUCGAAGCAAAGACGGUCGUCUCUACUGCCAUGUUCAUUUCAAGCUUCUCGACAGCGAAGGACGACCUCAGGUAGAAAAAUCGAUGGAAGAGAACAACAACAUGGAAACUUCAAUAAUUGAACGAUCACAAGCCUAA